CGGUCUGUGACUCUCGAGGGCCUCAGCUCAGCUACUGAAGAAAGCGCCAUGAGUGUUUAAUAUUAGAGGGUUGCAUGGUGGCGGUGCGCGAUCCUCAGCCAGAAUCGUGAUGGUUGGAACUUGACAUCCAACCCAUCCGGCGCGCACGCCAUUCGCCGGAGACGACUACCGUGGCCGAACACCAGUUUCCGCAUACUCCCUUUUGCAUGUGCUCUAUUAGGCUCAAUUUCUCCGGUCUGAUAGCAUGCAUAUGUAGCCUCUCCAGGGAGAGGGGAGAGAAUGGGGGGAGGGGGGGGGGAGGACGAGGAGAGGAGAGACACCGUACACAGACACAUGCACACCACUACCACCAUCACCACUACCACCACCAUCGUCACCUACACCCACACACACGCCUGCUCACACCUACAUCCACAUACACACAUAACGACUUACAUAUACAGGGCCAAAGCUGGGAGAUUCGCGAAACCAGAGAGCCAUCUAGCGCGCGAGAAGCGCGAGAGGCGGGUACGGCACGCCCGCAUAACACCCACACACGCUCCCCCCCCCCCCCGGCACCGAUUCUGCAGCUUGUGAAGAAGCGUUACGGACCAGGAUUGUUACUUGCCUUACCUCCUCCCCUCCUCCCUCGAAAGAGCCGUCGGGCCUCCCCGCCGUCCCCGAUGAAUCAGCUAACCCUCGAUCCAGACCGUUCUCCCGCUAGGCCUAGCGACGAUCAUUACCCGCCGGCGUCCUGUCGAGAUCGCAGCAAUCACCCUCAGGGGGACUGCAGUCGCCACCCCACGCAACGACCACCGCGGCACCCGGCUUACGACGAUUCACAAAGAGGGGAAAUCUAGGAGGGUGAGAGAGAAGAAGAAGAAAACGGAGAUAUAUAUAUGCAGAGAGAUAUAACCCAGGGAAUAGACAUACACGCACAGAGAGAGAGGGAGAGA